AUGGGUUGCGGCAUGAGCACGGAGGAGAAGGAGGGCAAGGCCCGGAACGAGGAGAUUGAGAACCAGCUGAAGCGCGACCGGAUGCAACAACGAAAUGAGAUCAAGAUGCUACUUCUGGGUGCUGGUGAAUCCGGAAAGUCGACCAUUCUCAAGCAAAUGAAGCUCAUCCACGAGGGUGGCUACUCCCGCGACGAACGAGAGUCUUUCAAGGAAAUCAUCUUCAGCAACACGGUGCAGUCUAUGCGCGUCAUCUUGGAGGCCAUGGAGUCCUUGGAGCUGCCUCUGGAGGACCAACGGAUGGAGUACCACGUCCAGACCAUCUUCAUGCAGCCCGCCCAGAUCGAGGGCGAUGUCCUUCCUCCCGAGGUUGGAAACGCCAUCGAGGCUCUCUGGAAAGACCGUGGUGUCCAAGAGUGCUUCAAGCGCUCGAGAGAGUACCAGCUGAACGAUUCUGCCAGAUACUACUUCGAUAACAUUGCUCGCAUCGCCGCGCCCGACUACAUGCCCAACGACCAGGAUGUCCUGCGGUCUCGUGUCAAGACGACCGGUAUUACCGAGACGACUUUCAUCAUCGGUGAUCUCACCUACCGGAUGUUCGACGUCGGUGGUCAACGAUCUGAGCGUAAGAAGUGGAUUCACUGCUUCGAGAACGUCACUACAAUCCUGUUCCUUGUCGCUAUCUCCGAGUACGAUCAGCUGUUGUUCGAAGACGAGACCGUCAACCGUAUGCAGGAAGCUCUGACCCUGUUCGACUCGAUCUGCAACUCCAGGUGGUUCAUCAAGACCUCAAUAAUCCUGUUCCUGAACAAGAUCGAUCGAUUCAAGGAGAAGCUUCCUGUCAGCCCGAUGAAGAACUACUUCCCCGACUAUGAGGGCGGUGAUGACUACGCAGCGGCUUGCGACUACAUCCUGAACCGAUUCGUCAGCCUCAACCAACACGAGACCAAGCAAAUCUACACACAUUUCACAUGUGCAACAGAUACAACACAGAUCCGAUUCGUCAUGGCGGCCGUCAACGACAUCAUCAUCCAGGAGAACCUGCGUCUCUGCGGUCUGAUCUAG